GUGCUCGAGGGAAGAGGAGCCGCGGACGCUCCCGUGAACACCUCAGUCCACAUCCGACCGCGAGCACUUCAUGUGGAUACUGAGCUGGAGAACGAGGAAGAGAGGAAAGCCUUCUGACCGCUGGAGCCGCUGGAGUCAGCCCGCGAUCGACAUGGAGUUCCGCACCUUCGUCAUGAUUUUACUUUGCAUCUCUUGUUAUGCGGAAGAGGUGAAAAAUAAGGAUAAGGGCAGCGCAAUCGACAAAAACACAUUGACGGACGAGCCACCAGAAGGAUAUUAUGCGUUCGUUGAAUCGCCCAAUGCCGAGCCGCCCAAAGUAAGACCUCCGCCGUAUCUCGACAGCGACAAGGAAUGCCACGAUACGGGAAAGCAGGGAAAGGGAUUUGUUUCGAUACAUAAUAUCUGCGGGGACUUGAACAAAGGAUUCAUACCGAAAAACCCAAUGAAACAGAGCUUUGGCGGAUCCUCGUAUCCAUUCGAGCUUAUCAGAAAUCACACUCUCAAAUUUUUGAGUAAAGCCCUGCCGAUACUUAAAGCCGACGACUCUCUGCCCAAAGUGGCCAAGGUGCAGCCGUUUUCCCAAAAUUCGGUUGACACCGACCAGAAGCGUAGCUUCCGGAAUAAAAGAGGGGCGCAAGAGAGUAACGACACGAGUCGCAGUGGCAGAAAAUUUUGCGAGAAUGGAGGUGGCGUGAUGUGCAUGUUGUACAAGGCGAUCCAAGGUGAGCCACUAACGACGUCGGCGGCAGAGCGUCGGGAUGACCCGCCCACGGCCAAUCCAGAGUACCGGCAACGGACGCCUACCCAGGAGAAGACGGAGUACACUGGUCCACCGACACCCUGUCCAGCUAAAGUCGAAUACGCGACCCCCGUAUUCGCCAAGAAUUACCAGGGCGUCUGGCGAUACGUCGUGCAGAUACCCUACGAGGGCUACUUCACCCAGACGAUCGAAGUCACACGCUGCAUGCAAUCGAGAUGCCACUACCUGGACGGCGGCUGUCUCUCUUCACCGCGCUGGACGAGCCUCCUCGUGGCGGAGAUCUUCUAUCCGGACACCUUCCUCGAGGAGAGCCAAAACGGCCGACUACCGGGUCCACGCGAGCCCGUUGUCGGCUCACCCCCGCCCGUACACGACUUCCAAAACUACCAGCAGUACCUCCAGAAACGCGCGGGCGAGAUCGAAGGCAGAAGCAACGGAGGCACCGCACCCUUACCCGGUGCCCCGUCCCACCACUGCGACGGCGUCGACGACAUGGGCUGCUUCCAGGUUCGAUUGUAUUAUGACUGGUUCCUCGUGCCCGGUAGCUGCAAAUGUUGGCGUCCCGAUUAUUUCAAUCGCUACGUCCGUCGAAGUAAUCCAAGUCCCGAAUUAUAAAUGCUGCUUGGCCCGACACGUUAAAUUCAAAUGAAGCUUACUUCGGCGAGCGCCGCAAAAUAAAUCGAAGAUGUGCAAUAUUCAUAUUUUGUUGCAAUUACGCAAAUGAGAUGAAGAAUUGCGAGAUUGAUUUUAUUCUUAAAAAUACUCAUUUGUCAUGAGGCAAAAUAAUGUAAAAAAUGUUUAUCGUAAGAAAUUAACGGGAGAAUUUCGACACUAAAAGCCGGGGGAUUUUCUUUUUUUUUUCUUUUUUUUUUUUUCUUU